ACAGCGUGCUCAGAAGGCCAGCCAGCUUAAGUGGGACAAAAAACGAAAGCGCUUUGUCAAGGACACCCCCGGUGAAGAUAACAAGAAGAUGAUCAGGGGCGAAAGUGGAGCACUACUUCCAGCCACGUUCAGGAGUGGUCGUUACACGGAAUGGAAGAAGACUGCACACCGCCUUUCAGGCCAACGCGCUGGAUCACAGUCCCUCAAGGCGUCAGGUCUCGCAAGCGCUGAGACCAUUCUCAAGACGCGUCGUGAGAAGGAGAAGCGACAGCAGAAGAAUGGACGUACGCCGAAGAAACGCCGUUAGGAGAAUCCGUUGUCUGAGCCUAUGGGAGUUGUGUCAUAUGAUUAGACUGCGGCAUUAGUGUUCGGCUUUAGUUUUGUGGCAUAUUUGCAGAUCAGUGAUGCUGACUUUGGGAGUCGUUAUGAUACUGAAUCAUCCAGAAUGGCUGUCGACUACUCAAAAAAGAGCUAUUGGCGUGAGCGACUGUCCCGGGAGAAGGAUGUCGGCUUCGAGUGGCUUCUGCCGACAGCGGAGAUUCUGUCUACGAUAUCGGAUGUGGUUGGGGAGGUAAAUUACGCCAGCACGCCCGUGACAAUUCUCCACUUCGGCUGCGGCUCUUCCACACUGGGUGUCGAUCUCCAACGCCAUCUCGGCGACCACUUCGCCAUCUCGGACGCCGACUAUGCUAGCUCCAGCUUACAUGCUCGAGACUUUGCUGAUUCUACCGUGUCUGAAUCCUUCUCUUCGCUUCAAGUUCCCCUUUACGAUAUCGACGUUCUCGACCUGAAGUCGUUGCUAUCCAUCGCCCCAACCGAGGGAUGGGACGUGUUCAUCGACAAGUCUACGGCAGAUGCGAUUUCGUGUUCCCCACCCCUUCCAGGAGUAUCGUAUAGCAAGCACGCCUGUAACGCCGACGAGAUUGAUGCUCUCUCAGUGUUAUGCGCCAACCUUCGCUCUGUCGCAUCACGUCAUUGCCGCUGGAUUAGCAUCUCUUACUCUGCCACCAGGUUCGACUUCCUCACAGACUGUCCUGAAGCAAGCUGGCACGUUGUCACGAAGAUCCCAGCGCGCUUACAGGCAACGACGAGCACCAAGGAGGGACGAGUCGUGCAUCAACCAGCCACUGGGACAUGGAUCUGGGUUCUGGCGCCUCGGUAACCCAUUAGGUCAUGAUCAUUGUCUCUACAGGAGUGGUCCUACAUACGCAGUCAUGAGUGAUUUGUUGUGUAACCCUACAGCCAGUUGCUGGCCAUCGUGGCGCCAUGCCAUAGCCAUCUGGGGUC